AGUCAGAAAACACGAGAUUCUUAGCUGAGGGACUCGGUGCGGGUCUGAGGUGCGGAUCUGUGGAAGGAUGGAGUCACUGAAGGUGGAAAAGUUCACGACCGCCGACCGGGGAAAUGGGCUGCGUGCAGUGGCCCCACUGCGCCCCGGGGAGCUGCUCUUCCGCUCCGAUCCCUUGGCGUACACUGUGUGCAAGGGGAGUCGUGGCGUCGUCUGCGAUCGCUGUCUCCUGGGGAAGGAAAAACUGAUGCGGUGUUCUCAGUGCCGAAUCGCCAAAUACUGCAGUGCCAAGUGUCAGAAAAAAGCUUGGCCGGACCACAAGCGGGAGUGCAGAUGUCUUAAAAGCUGCAAGCCCAGAUAUCCCCCUGACUCCGUGAGACUUCUGGGGAGAGUCAUCGUCAAACUUAUGGACGAGAAGCCCUCAGAGUCAGAGAGACUCUACUCAUUCUACGAUCUGGAGUCCAAUAUUGACAAACUCACCGAAGAUAAGAAAGAGGGCCUGAGGCAACUUGCAAUGACAUUCCAGCAUUUCAUGAGAGAAGAGAUUCAGGAUGCUUCUCAACUGCCGCCAUCUUUUGACCUUUUUGAAGCCUUUGCAAAAGUGAUCUGCAACUCGUUCACCAUCUGCAAUGCGGAGAUGCAGGAGGUUGGCGUUGGCCUGUACCCCAGUAUGUCUCUGCUGAAUCACAGCUGUGACCCCAACUGCUCAAUUGUGUUCAACGGGCCCCAUCUCUUGCUGCGUGCAGUGCGAGAAAUCGAGGCUGGAGAUGAGCUCACCAUCUGCUACCUGGACAUGCUCAUGACCAGCGAGGAACGCCGGAAGCAGCUGAGGGACCAGUACUGCUUUGAGUGCGACUGUAUCCGAUGCCAAACCCAGGACAAGGAUGCUGAUAUGCUGACGGGUGAUGAGCAAAUAUGGAAGGAGGUUCAAGAAUCGCUGAAAAAGAUCGAAGAACUGAAGGCACACUGGAAAUGGGAGCAGGUUCUGGCCCUCUGCCAGGCGAUCAUAAGCAGCAACUCGGAACGGCUUCCCGACAUCAACAUCUACCAGCUGAAGGUGCUCGACUGUGCCAUGGAUGCCUGCAUCAACCUGGGGAUGCUGGAGGAGGCCCUGUUCUACGCCAUGCGCACCAUGGAGCCCUACCGGAUCUUUUUCCCCGGAAGCCACCCUGUCCGAGGUGUGCAAGUGAUGAAAGUUGGCAAGCUGCAGCUGCAUCAAGGCAUGUUCCCCCAAGCCAUGAAGAAUCUGAGGCUGGCCUUCGACAUUAUGAAAGUGACCCAUGGCCGAGAGCACAGCCUGAUUGAAGAUUUAAUUCUUCUCCUGGAAGAAUGUGAUGCCAACAUAAGAGCCUCCUAAGACCAGCCAGAGGGACAGGGGAGGUGGCGCACCCUCGUUGAACGCCUUAUUGAGGUCACACACUCUGUGAUGUUUGCUAUGUGAACCUCCUGUAAAAAAUGCCAUUCUAUGUUUCUGUGGGUAACUGUGUUUCUGUGGUGUGUUGUGAGAAGACCCAUUCAUGGUCAAGCAGAACCAUUACAAUAAAUACAAAAGUUGAAAAGAGUUGAAAAUGCCAACUGGCAGCUUGGCUUUGCCUACUCCUGGGUGACUUUGAUGUUUAAAAUCUCAGCAUUGGAAAUAGGAACUUACCAAAAAAUAGGAUGAAAGGCUGGGUGGUGGUGGUGCACACCUUUAAUCCCAGCAUUCAAGAGUCAGAGGCAGGUGGAUCUCUGUGAGUUCAAGGCCAGUUUGGUCUACAGAGUGAAUUCAAGAACAGCCAGAGCUAUGUAGAGAGAGCCUGUCUCAAAAGACAAAAGAAAACAGAAAUAGGAUGGAAUAAGCUAAACCUUCCUCUUUGGAUGGAUAUAGAGGCCGUUGGACUAAAGUAAUCGUUUUCACCUCUACUCCUAAACACAAGUGUAUAUCCAUUUUGUCAAGAAGUAGAUGUUUUAUUGCUGUUCUUUUGUUUUUAUUGACAUGUAUUAAUUGUACUUAAUAAUGUGAUUCGCUGUGAUAUUGCAGUGCUUGAAUACACGUGUCUAGUGUGCACCUUCCAGGACAAAUCUGGCCUCCCUGUCUUUCCCCUGCCUCUACAGUUCACGUUUCUCACAUCACCCACCCUGACUUUCACACGCGAGGGAGAAAGGGUCACACUCAUCUCCGUCCCUGGCUUACUUCACUUCGUACAGUUUUCUCCAGUUCUGUUCAUUCUGCUACAGAUGACAGGAUCUCACUUAUCUUUACAGAUUAAUAAUAUUCUGCUAUUUACCUGUCCUUCCCUUUUCCUUGUGCAUGUUGGUGAGGGCCUAAGGUGAUUACAGCCUUGGCUAGGAUGAGUAGCUUCACAGUAGACAUGGACAGACAAGUAUGUUUGGGGGUUACAGAGUUCAUUUCCUUUUGACAUGUACCUAGAAGGAGGAUGGCUAGAUCCCAUGGGGUCCUGUUUUCAUAGGGCCUCCUGUCAUCCUGAUUUUGGUUCCCACCAGCAGCGUUCCUUUUCUCCAUAGUCACACCAGCAUUUGUUACCUGGGGGUCGUGCUUGCUUUGUCAUUGGCUCUAGUGGCAUUGUAACUGCGCACCUGGUUUUCACUGUAGCUUCAGUGUCCCCGAUGACUGAUGAUAUUAUUGUGCCUCAUGUGCUUGUGACUGCUCAAAGCAGCUGCUCAUUGUGUAGUCAGAAUCUUGUUUGUUGAAUUCCCUACACACUAUAAAUAUACUAUGCAUUAUGGCUAUGAACCCUUCAUUGGGAGGACCAUGGGCAAACAGUUCUCUCAUUCUGUAGACUGAUUCUUUCCUCUGUUGUUUUGUGUGCUGUACAGAGCUUCCGUGUAACCAUUUGUCUCUCUUUGGUUUUGUUUCGUUCACUUUUAUAAUAAUAUAAAAAACCCAUUGCUUAUUCCAGCAUCUGGGCAUUGCCCACACUGACAUGUCUCCAUGCGUGUUUCCAGUUCAGAUCUUGCAUUUGGUCUCUGGUCCAUCACGAGCUGAGUGUUAGGCCAGAAUGACAGAUGAGAGUUCGGUCUCCAUCUCUUGCAUGUGGUGCCCGCUUUCCCUGCAUACCUCGCUGAAGGGGCGAGCCACUCAGCCUGCACGGUUUGGGCACCUUUGUCGAGAAUAAACCGAUUCUAGGUGUGCGAGCCAACUUCUGGGCUCUCUGUUCUGUCACACUGGUCCUAGUAUCUCUUAUUACUCUAUGACCACACUGCUUCUGCCAUCACGGCUCUGGAGUACAUCCUGAAGGGAGGCCCUGUGUUGCCUCUGGCCUCGUUCUUUUUGCCGAAGAUGGUUUUUAUCUGUUCUGAGCCUUUGGUGAAGAAGCAGAAGUUUCUUUCUGAAUCCCUCUCCAACACAGGAGUCUUUAUCUCAAAGCCCAGUUCUAGGUCAUAUCAGACAUUACCAGAAAAGGGAUGUAAGCCUCACACAAAAAGAAAAAUAUAUGGAACUCAGCUCGUUGUGUAAACCUUGUGAACAUUUUAUAAUUCUUUGUGUAUGUUAUUAUUUUCUUGAACUUUGUUUUCUGUAAUUGCUUGAAUCUGUGGUUCGGUGUGUUAAUGGGCAGAGCAGAAAGCUCUAUUGCCCUCCAGUAAACUGUGUUCUCACCACUA